CGACAAGGUCUCUCUGGCAUUCUUUCAAGGGCUAUCUUCUUAACUUUGUUCUUCGACGUACCAUGACUUAUUUGUUGCUGUCGGCAUUGCUCUUUCACCAAUUUUCAUCCACCCAUGUAGGUGUACACGGUUUUUCGACUUCAACGCCUGCGACAUGGAACCGGCACAAUGUCGAUGCCAGAAGCAGGAACCAGGACGAGCGCCACCGUCUCUACGACGCCAUGCCCUCGCUGUAUCAGGAGCAGGAACGCCUGUUGGUCGAUCGAGGAAAGUUCGAAUCGGGUCUGAUGGAAAACAACGCGUCUCCCAUAUCUCCUAGCGUGAGCAAGGGCACAGGUGCCGCCAAGGGCUUCGCCGCGUCGUCGGGAAUGAAAGCGUCCGAUCUCAAGGCCGCCGCGAAGGUUCACGCAAAGGAGCUGCGAAAAUCCGGAGUGGUCCGGAUCGACGACAUUUUUCCGUCCGACACCGCCGACGAAUUGCGGGAGUACGUGGUGGGUUUGAGGGAACGAUCCGAGGAGCAGGUACGCAAUGGAGAGGUAAAGCCGAUUGCCCGGUUUGCGGACGUUCUGCUGAAAGAGAACCGAUGCGAUCUGACGAUUCCCUUGGAGGACGAUGUCGUCGUGGACGCAUUGUUGCACGUGUUUCAGAAAACCCCCGUGGGCAAAAUGAUGUCUUCGAUGCUCGGGAAGCAGGCUGCGCUGUACGAGCUGUCUUGUUUGAUAAGCGACACCGGGAGCAACCGGCAGGUCGUCCACCCCGAUACGCCUUGCAAACCCGACCAAGACGCAGUCCUCUAUACCUGCUUCAUCGCACUCCAGGAUAUUGAUCUCACCAUGGGGCCAACGACGUGGCUACCAAAUACCCACACACCAUCGGCGCACGAGCUGUUCCAGGACGAUUACGUGGGUUCUUCCGGGGGCGAAUCAUCCAAGGACAAGCUGCUUCGGACAACACCGUCGGUGCUCGGAUUGUUGCCGAAGGGUUCCUGCGCAAUCUUUGAUUCGAGGCUGUUGCAUUGUGGGGGGGCGAACACGUCCGAUACGAGCCGGGCCCUGUUUUAUUUUAGCUUCAAGAACUCGAAAAUUGGGUAUCCCGGAAACCCCGGUAGCAUCAGGCCCGAGCUUUCCUCGAAGUACACGAUAACCUCGCUCGAAGCAGAAUUGAAGCAACUGAAAAAGAAGAGGUGACAAUGAAAAUGAUGCACCAAAAUGGGGUACGAAUGAAUGGGAAACACCUGUUUUGAGCUAAGCACGAAAUAUAUAAAAUUUCGCGAUGCGAUGGAACUUGCAUCUUCUACAACACCAAUAGCUACAAUUCUUGAAAAUUGAAUUACAUCCAAGAAUAAUCUCUUUUUAGCUAG